AUGCCUUCGUUCUUUGAAUGCAUGCUUUAUGCCCUAGCCAUAUACUGGGCUGGAUUGUUUUACCACAGAUGGUCCGUACAUGCCAGGACGCGGCAAUUUGUGCUGGAACAACGCCGAAAAGCAGGGAUCCCUGACUCCGACAAUCGCCCACUGGCUGUGGCCGCCGCGGACGUAGCGUCUCGUCGACAACAAGAGUUUGAACGCCAAAUAAAAGAGACAGAGGAUGUAUUUGGUCGUCCAAAUCCCGCGCCUAUGCCUAGAGCGGGCGUGCCAAAGCCUAGUUUCCGACCUGCACCAGUGCCGCAGCCCUCCAUUGUCUAUUCUCAACCCCAUGGACGACAUCCUUCACCAGAAACAUUUUAUGGUCCCAUUCAUCCCAAAGUGCAAAUGGCACCGGCAAGGAAGCGUGACGCAGAUGAGAUCUCUGAAAUGGAGGCCUCAAACGAUUAUCAUGCUGUGCCUCGUCGCGUGCGUCGUCGUGUUUCCCUCAUUGAUGAUAACACCCAAGAAAAACCUAGUGCCACUGAUGUCGCUGAUGGUUCAGAGGAUGGCAUGGAAGAAGAUGCCUCGCUAGAUGAAAGUGACAGUGGCUCAUAUGAAGACGAUGAAGUGAUGGACGAGGUUGACGAUCUUGAAGAGUCCGAGAAUGAAGAAAAUUCCAUGGAUGAAGACGAAAUUCAGCAGGCUUCCACAUCUCAGGCAGCACCUGCGAAGCGCCCAGCGGAUACAAGCGGCGACCAUGUUCCAGGAGACGAGUGGCAAGACGCAAAUGGCUUGCGUUGGCGCAUCGGUGAGGAUGGCAUACCUCGCCGGGCCGUUAUGCUGGUGGAGAUGAAGCUCAAAUACAAUAUGCCUCGCGAUACAUUGCAUCCUGAUGCGCGUGCUCGUGUGCCGACCUAUGUGGAAAAGUUUCUGUCGCAUGACGAAUACGAAGAAGCUAAGCGUAGAAAGCAGCUGAGCUGGCAACACGAGGCUUCCCAUUCUCAAUCGCAUUCUGAUUCCCCUCCAUCAUUCCAGAGCGAUGACACGGUUGAGGAUAGUCUUGCCAGUCUUGUUGCUCGGCGCUCCUAUGCACAACUGCGCUCCAAAGCUGGUCGCCAGCUGCUCUUCAGUGAUGUGGCUGGAAGUGGACCUCUUGGUCGGUCACGCCCUGCGUCGCUUGUGGGCGACGACUCCAUGUCGAACGUGUCUAUGAGUGACCAUGGCCCCGACGACAGUACCUCUUUUUCUUCUUCCAUGGCUGGUGAUGGCCCCCUGUCAUCAUCACGCCGUCUCCGCCUUGCUCGGUCCCCUGCGGCAUCGCCGUUGGCCCGAAGUGCUUCACCUGCACGAUAUGCGCCUAUGCUCAGUCAGCGGUACGCGCGCAGCCGCGGGUCGUCAUCCUCCGUACUGUCGCCAUCGCACCCUGCUCUUGACCCAGAGGUCAAGCGCCAACGUGGUGAGCUGCUUCUCAAUCGACUUCCUGCUAGUGAUCAGGACGCUGCCGCACUAGGACGGUUUUUCUACCGUAACAGAAUGGUGAACCGGUGGGGUGGCUUACCCGCCCGGCGAACCACGCUGCAACAGUUGAUCAUGUUUGGUCGUUCAGCUCGGCGAAACCGGACUCUUUUAAUGGAGAGUGCCAACUACUUGCGCACGGAAAUGACCACUCGUAUCGCGCAUCGUCUUCGUGAUAUGCAAGCGAUCCCGUUCGUGGCCAUGUCCAAUGAGCAACUCGACUCGAUCUAUCAGUUCUACUGGCGUACCUUUGAGACUUUGCGCCGAAUGAGCAAAAUCGAGACAGACGAACAAAAUGAGCAUUUGAUCGAAGUAGUAACGCAGCUCCUGUCGGAGCGGAAGAGCAAGCUCGACCUGAUCGUGGGCAUCUCGCGCGAAUGUGUGAAUUAUAUGGAACCCGAGGCUGUCAACCUAUUUCUCGCUCGAAUGCUCCGCUCGCAGGUGUCGCGCGAAGUUCUGGCGAAGCAGCACAUUGCUCUCUCUGUCAUGCAGACGUCUGCUUCGCAAUAUGAAAAGCGCCCCUACGAGAUUGGGAUGGUUCACACCCAUAUCAACGUAAAUGAUACCAUCCAGCGGUGCGUUCAGCUAGCUCGCGAGAGUCUAGCAAACACGUACAAGUGGGACAUUGAUGAUCCUCGCAUCCCCAGGGUGGAACUCUCAGGAGGUGCAGACAAAGAUGACAUGAUGAUUCGGUUCUCUGAUCAAGGCGGUGGUCUGCAUCCAUCCAAGCCGCGAAAAGAGGGCCAUGACGAGAGUCAUCGCGCCACGCUUGCCCGAGGCCCUCUCCUGCUUCCUGGUGUGGAAUCGCUACGAGAAUCCUCCAGCUCCCCCGCCAGUCUUGUAUGGUCGUUUCACAACAUUGGCAAACAACUUGACAGCAUGAAUUUAAAGCUCGAGGCUACCUCCACGGCCAACCUGUCGCAGAGUGAAGUUGACGGCGCUGUCACUCCCGACCCAACAGCGUCGUAUCCAGGUGGUGACGGACUUAUGCGUCUCUCGGUAUUAAACAUGGACUCGAAGAAAGGGCUUCCUAUGGUUAAGCUAUAUGCAGAACUCUUCGGCGGCGCGCUGGAUUUCCGCACUUUGGAUGGAUAUGGUACGGAUAUGUACCUAAGUCUUCCAAAAUUCGGUACAUCAAUGGAACUGCAUGAGUAG